CUGUUUGGCGGUGCAGAUAUCCUGACGGUGGUCAAAGCCGGAAGGAUACGAUGGCUGGGGCACGUGAUGAGGAUGCCGGACUCAUGCCCCACCAGGAAGGUGCUCGUCAACGAUCCGUUCGGCACGAGGCGGAGAGGAGCACAGCGAGCUCGUUGGCUGGAUCAGGUGGAGUCAAACCUGUCGGAGAUCGGAUGCAGCCGUGGGUGGAGGACUGCAGCACUGGACCGAGUUUCCUGGAAACGGAUUGGCGACCAGGCCAUGUCUACGCGACGUGCUCGACCAUGAGCAGGCCAGAAAAGAAGAAGAUAAAGAUAACGGAAACUAACCUGGACCUACCGACCAAACUCAAUACGAUCGAGAAGUUUAACAAUCUGAAGCAGAAAAACCCCGCAUUGAAGACAUUGGCCGCCAUUGGAGGGUGGCAUGCUGGUACAGCUAAUUUUAAGACGGUCGCCGCUAGUCCGCAGCUGCGUUACAGCUUCGCGAAUAAUGCCGUGUCGUUCUUAAAGCAAUACCGAUUUGAUGGUUUGAACAUUGAUUGGGAAUUUCCCGCGCUCGCAGACAAGGUAAACUAUGUGCUAUUUCUCAAGGUACUUGCAAACGCUUUCGCGCCGUACAAAUAUCUGUUAACGGUUUCUGUGGCGGCCCGAGAAUUGGAUGCCAGCAAUGCUUACGACAUUCCUGUCAUCACGGACAUUGUCAACAAUAUAAACUUAAUGGCGUACCAUAUGCAAGGUAAUUACGGAGUCACAAGACAUCAAGCUCCACUCUCCCAAGGAUCGGCCUCAAUUGAUGAUACGGAUUACAAGCGGCAACUCAAUCUGAAUGCCAUUAUAAAGUAUUGGUUGAGCAAGGGUGCUAAGGAAAACAAGUUGAUAUUAGGUGUGCCCUUGUAUGGGCGUACGUUCAAAUUGGCCAAUCCUGGGGUUGCCGGAGUGGGUGCGCCUACUACCGGUCUUGGAACAGGAGGACCAUACACAACAUCACCAGGAUUCCUAGGAUAUAACGAAAUAUGUGAAGCCUCAUGGUCUCAGAAGCAAUUCGACUGGGCACAGGGUGCGGCUUACGCUUCCAACAACAGUGAGUGGGUCACCUAUGAUGGCGUGCAAAGUAUUAAAGAAAAGUGCGACCUGAUUUCCAAAUACAGACUUGGUGGAGGGAUGGUAUGGUCUAUCGAAACGGAUGAUUUCAAGGGCAUAUGUGGUCGCAGGUUUACCCUGCUGAGCGCCUUAAAUGGAUGUGUGAACGGUUAUAAGCCGUUUGUCUGCAUCAGUGAUGGCUUCUUCCGAGAUCCGUACGAUUGCAAUAAGUAUUAUCGAUGCUAUCAGGGUAUCACAUAUGCUUUCAAUUGCCCACCCGGAUUGUACUUCGACCAAACUACCAUACGCUGCGAUUGGCUUUAUAAUGUGAAAUGUGCUUGAAUAAAACUACUCAAUAAUGAUAUGUUUGUCAACAAUACAACAACAGUAGUUUAACUUAAUAAAAGCAAAGGUGAUUUUGUUUCCCCAAGUCUGUUUUGCAGCUUUU